AAAAAGUCUGAAGGACAAAGAAAAUCCAAUGGAACAAUUUAGUUUUUCCUACACUGCUACAUCUUCCUCGUCUUCAAACAAGUUACCAAAAGCAAUGAAAUCUAGCCGAACAACAUCGUACCAUGAUUCUAUCCAUUCGGUCCGCAAAACUAUCCAAAAACCUCUAACCAAACAAUUUAUAGCACCAUUACCACCCACUCCAGCUAAAGUUUAUAAAGUUGAAUCUUCCGAUUUCAAGGAAGCCGUUCGUAGGCUCACUAGCACCCCCGAGUUUCAAUCUCAAUCUAUACGUCGCCUUAAAGACAUCGCUCCUCCACCUUUAGUUCUCUCUACCAUACCAAAACCAUCAUUAUUUCCUAAACCAUCACCUCCACCGCCUUCAGAAGGCGGUGGAGGGACGGUGAGCCCAUUUUCGGCCUUCACCCUGUCCCCGGAUUUUUGCAAGUUUUUGAAUGAAACACUUGACACUAAUAGGUUUAUAUCCAAGUCGUCACCGCCUGUUGUGGACUAUUUUGGGGGUUUAAGUCCGUUAAAGUUAUCACCUGGACCAAAGGCUUAUAAUGCACUCAUGAGCCCAUUAGGAUUCAGUACGUUGUCACCAUCCUCGAUCUCGUGGUGCUCUUCGCUACUAUUGAGCCCCAAUUAACGCCCCUUUCGGGUUCAAUCAAAGCCCUGUCCUCUAGUGUCUUUUUUCAUACGUUAUUCAACUUAAUUGGCUAUUGUAUUUUAGUUAUAACUCUACAUUAUUUUUAUGUUUGGGUUUUUUUACAAUAAAACUGUUGCACCAAGAUAGCUUUACUACUUUA